CGCAUAGUAUAGGGGUGCAAAGUGAAAUUUUUCCUGAGUCCCUAACUAUUUUGAAAAGUGUCUAUCAGCUUCUCGACUUAAGAUGGUGUUGUACCCAUUGCAUCAAAAUAUGUACUAUUACAUAACCCCACAACAACUGAAUAAACUCGGGAUUUAUUUCCACUUCUGAUCGCAUGUCACUUUCAUCACUGACUUCACAACACGUAUAAAUAUGCGUUGCUCUUAUCUAUAAUCACGGUACACACACGCAAACUUCAAUCAAACACAAAAAAUGGAAUUCAAAUUGCAAUGGGGUUUGUUGGCGUUGAUUUUACAAUCGCUGAUUGUUGCCGGAGAGUGUUUUACGCCGUUCAAUGUGACCUACGACGGCAGAGCAAUCAUCGUCGGCGGAGAGCGGCGGAUGCUAAUCUCCGGCGGAAUUCACUAUCCCAGAGCUACUCCCCAAACGUGGCCUGAUUUGAUUUCCAAGAGCAAGGAAGGUGGACUGGAUGUUAUUGAAACAUACGUAUUCUGGAAUGGCCAUGAGCCGGUAAAGGGGCAGUAUAACUUUGAAGGAAGAUAUGAUCUUGUGAAGUUUGUGAAGCUAGUAGGUUCCAGUGGACUUUAUUUAUUUCUUCGUAUCGGUCCUUAUGUUUGUGCGGAGUGGAAUUUCGGGGGCUUUCCCGUUUGGCUUCGUGAUGUACCUGGUAUUGAAUUUCGAACAGACAACACGCCUUUCAAGGAAGAAAUGCAGCGCUUCGUAAAAAAGAUAGUGGAUUUGAUGCGAGAGGAGUCACUUUUCUCAUGGCAAGGUGGCCCAAUUAUUAUGUUGCAGAUUGAAAAUGAAUAUGGAAAUAUUCAAAACUCUUACGGCUCGAAAGGAAAAGACUAUAUGAGAUGGGCUGCUGAAAUGGCAGUCGGACUUGACGCUGGUGUUCCAUGGGUUAUGUGUCAGCAAACUGAUGCACCAGACUACAUAAUAGAUACCUGCAAUGGAUACUAUUGUGACAGUUUCAAGCCAAAUUCCAACAAGAAGCCAAAAAUGUGGACAGAAAAUUGGGAUGGAUGGUAUACAGUUUGGGGUGAUAGAGUUCCCCAUCGCCCUACUGAAGAUAUUGCUUUUGCAGUUGCUCGUUUUUUCCAACGCGGUGGAAGCUUUCAGAAUUAUUAUAUGUACUUUGGUGGAACAAAUUUUGGCCGAACUUCAGGAGGCCCAAAUUACAUCACUAGCUACGAUUAUGAUGCACCAAUUGAUGAGUAUGGACUUCUAAGGCAGCCUAAAUGGGGGCAUUUGAAAGAUCUCCAUGCUGCCAUAAAGCUUUGUGAGCCUGCUCUUGUCGCUGUUGAUUCGCCUCAGUACAUCAAAUUGGGACCAAAGCAAGAGGCAUACGUCUACAGUGAUAAUGGAAGCAAGUGCUCAGCAUUUCUCGCCAAUAUUGAUGAGCAUAAUUCGGUCACAGUGAACUUCCGUAAACAUGCAUACACGUUACCUCCAUGGUCAGUGAGUAUAUUACCAGAUUGCAAGAACGUUGCCUUUAACACUGCUAAGAUAGGGGCACAGACUUCAGUUAAGACUGUUGGAUUAGAUGCUGCUUCUUAUUUGAAUCCUGCACCUUUGAAAUUGAUGGCACCAUACGAAGUUGACUAUAUUUCAAAAAACUGGAAUCAUUUUAAAGAACCAAUUGGCGUGUGGAGUGACAGCAACUUCACAUACCAAGGCAUUCUGGAGCAUUUGAAUGUGACAAAGGACCAGUCAGAUUACCUAUGGUAUACAACGAGAAUAUACAUUUCCAAUGAGGACAUCUCUUUUUGGGAACAGAAUAAAGCUAGUCCGGUGCUUACCAUUGACAGCAUGCGCGAUUUGGUCUAUAUAUUUGUCAAUGGUCAAUUUACAGGUAGUGCAAAAGGGAAAUGGGUGAAGGUAAGUCAGCCUGUUAAGCUCAUAAAAGGAUAUAACGACGUCACGCUUUUAUCUCAAACAGUGGGCUUGCAGAAUUAUGGUGCCUUCCUUGAGAUGGACGGGGCAGGUUUCAGAGGUCAAAUGAAGCUUACUGGCUGUAAAAACGGAGAUAUUAAUAUCACAGAAUAUAUGUGGACCUAUCAGGUAGGGCUCAAGGGAGAGUUCUUAAAAAUAUAUGCUGUUGAUAAAAAUGGAACUAUAGAAUGGACGGAAUUGCCAUCCGACGCUAUUGCAACUAUAUUUUCUUGGUACCAGACAUAUUUUGAUGUGCCUGACGGAUCGGACCCUGUUGCCCUUGACUUGUCAAGUAUGGGGAAAGGUCAAGUAUGGGUCAACGGGCACCACAUAGGAAGAUAUUGGACUUUAAAUGCUCCCAAAGAUGGAUGUCAAACUUGCGAUUAUCGCGGAGCUUAUGAUUCCGACAAGUGUGUAACAAACUGCGGCCUUCCUACUCAAUCUUGGUAUCAUAUACCAAGAUCAUGGUUACAGGCAUCGGGCAAUUUGAUUGUCAUUUUUGAGGAGACAGAAAAGAAGCCGUUCGAGAUUUCCAUCAAGUCACAUAUCACAGAAACCAUUUGUGCUCAAGUAUCGGAAAAUCAUUAUCCUCCUCUACAUGCUUGGAAGAUCAAUAACGGGACAAUUUCACUGAAUCAAACGGCAGCACCUGAAAUGCACAUGCGCUGUGAUGAUGGAAACACGAUUUCAUCUAUUAAGUUUGCAAGCUAUGGUACUCCAAAAGGCAGCUGUCAGAAUUUUUCAAGAGGCAACUGCCAUGCACCGGAUUCAAUUUCAGUCGUCUCUCAGGCUUGUAUAGGAAAACAAAGUUGUUCCAUAAGUAUAUCAAACGCUGCAUUUGGAGGGGACCCUUGUCGUGGUGUUGUCAAGACUUUAUCCGUUGAAAUGGAAUGCUCGUCUUCUUCAUCGUCAAGUUCGUCACAAAUGAUAUGACAUGAAAUCGAACUGCUGUAGUCCUUGUGUUGUUUUUCCUGGGGAGCUAUGAGAGAUAUUAUUUAAGAUGUAUAUGUACUGGAAAAAAGUGAAGGUUUCUCUGCUAUGUAUAAAAGAGGGCAGACUGUUUCCUUAAAUUAUGUUGAAAUUUUUCACUUG